AUGCUGAACAGAACAGUGGGACGAGUACUAAAUAUUCCAGGCGGACGACACAACAAUCGCAAACUUCUCUGUUUGACUGUAUCGACGUUCAUUGUUGUGUUUGUUAUCUACACAAUUAUACGGCGCAUACCGGGUUGA